CAACCCUGACCCAAACCUGAGCUGAACCCCAGCUCCAACCCCAGCCAAAAUCCCAGCCCCAACCUCGGCCCUGACCCCAACCCUGACCUUAACCCCAGCCCUGACCUUAACCCCAACCCCAGCUCCAAACCUGAGCUGAACCCCAGCUCCAACCCCAGCCAAAAUCCCAGCCCCAACCUCGGCCCUGACCCCAACCCUGACCUUAACCCUGGCCCCAACCCCAGUCCCAACCAUGGCCCCAAACCUGGCUCCAACCCCAGCCCUAACCUUGGCCCUGACCCUAACCCUGACCUUAACCCCGGCCCAAAUCCCAGCCCCAAUCCCAGCCCCAACCCUGACCUUAACCCCAACCCCAGCUCCAAACCUGACCUUAACCCCAACCCCAGCUCCAAACCUGACCUUAACCCCAGUUCUAACCCCAGCUCCAACCUCAGCCAAAAUCCCAGCCCCAGCCACAGGUACAACCCCAGCCCCAACCCCAACCCUGACCUCAACCUUGACCUUAACCCUGGCCCAAAUCCCAGCCCCAAACCCAGCUCCAACCCCAACCUUAAGCUCAGUUCCAACCCCAGCUCCAACCUUGCCCCUGACACCAACCCCAGCCCCAGCCCCGGUCCCAACCCCGUCCUGUGGCAGGUACUCCAUGCAGGAGAUGUACGACGUGGUGGCCAACGUGGAGGACUACAAGAACUUUGUGCCCUGGUGCAAGAAGUCCGUGGUGGUGUCGCGGCGCUCGGGCCACAUCAAGGCGCAGCUGGAGGUGGGGUUCCCGCCCGUGCUGGAGCGUUACACGUCCAUCGUCACCCUGGUGCGGCCACACCUCGUCAAGGCCGUCUGCACCGACGGGCGCCUCUUCAACCACCUGGAGACCAACUGGCGCUUCAGCCCCGGCAUCCCCGGCUACCCCCGCACCAGCACCGUGGAUUUCUCGAUCUCCUUCGAGUUCCGCUCCCUGCUGCACUCCCAGCUGGCCACCGUGUUCUUCGAUGAGGUGGUCAAGCAGAUGGUGGCCGCCUUCGAGCGCCGCGCGGCCAAGAACUUCGGGCCCGAGACCCGCAUCCCCCGGGAGCUCAUGUUCCACGAGGUCCACCAGACGUGAGGGCGGCCGGGCCGGGCCCCCCCGGACUGUGCCGAGCCCACCCCCCAAAAUAUUUAUUCGAGUGCGUCUCCGCUGCUGUUGCCUCAACGCCCCCCGGGGCUGCCCCGUGAGCCCCCCUGGAGCCGCGUCCCGGCGCUGGACUCCCUGGUUUUGUAGCU